AUGAGGAGUAGUGGUAGCAAACGUGCUGGUGCCAGCAAAGCGGAUGAACAGUAUCGAGGGCUUACGGGUUACAAGCGAGGCUUACGGGGUGUGGGACCCCUUCAAGGGGCCCCCCAUUUCACUCCAAUGGUAAAGGACUUGAAGAAGAACUUUCUUGAAGUAGAUCCAGACAACCCGACAAGGCUCUUGGAGUACUUUUCCGAUUUGUUGAGGCACGGGAAUCUCGAGCCGAGCGACGCACAGAAAGACCUCAUGAGAGAAAUGCAGAUGCUGGCCGCGUUGGCUUCCUUGUGGAAUCGUUUUAUUGCGGUGCCCCCGCGCUCAGAGGGUCCUGAAGCCCCCCCCGAUGCUUCAAAGGCGGCACCGAUCCCCAAAAUCAGGGGUUUGUACAUUUGGGGCGGCGUGGGACAAGGGAAAACAAUGAUUCUGGACGCUUUUUACGACUGUUUGAAUUCCAAGAAGAAAAUGCGAGUUCAUUUUCAUCAGUUCAUGCUAGAUGUGCAGCAGGAGCUGCACCACCUAAAGAAGGAACAGCCUACAGUGUCGGAUCCUUUGAUGGAAGUUGCAAGAAAAAUCAGGCAUAAUGCCAAAGUACUCUGCUUUGACGAGUUUCAGCUGGGGGCGAUAGUCGUGGCAACGUCAAAUAGGGCCCCGCAGGAUUUGUACUCGGGGGGCUUGAAUCGUCAGCGCUUUUUACCCUUUAUUCCUCUUUUGGAAAGAUUUUGCAAAGUGUAUCAUAUCGAUACAAAAAAGGAUUAUAGACUGGCCAAGGGGGGCGUCAGCUGCCGCAGUCUCUUUUAUGCCCCCCCUAGGCCUGAUGAGGUCAUUAUGAAGCAGCUAGAAAAGGCAGCAGGAGGCCCUUUGGAGCCGGGAGAGAUUCAAGUUGCAAUGGGGCGGACCCUUAAGGUCCCUUUAAUGCGUGGCGGCUUUGCUGCGUUCUCUUUUGGUGACUUGUGCGCUACGAAUGUCGGGGCGGCUGAUUACCUUUCGCUUGCUGCGCGCUUUCACACGCUGUCGCUUCACUCUAUCCCCGACUUGCACCAGAUGGACCUCUAUCCCAACGAAAUUCGGAGGUUUAUUAGCCUUAUCGACGUUCUAUAUGAACGGGGCGUGAGGGUUUUGUUCGAUGCUGAGGUUCCUAUUUUUAGACUUUUAGGGAUUCCUGUGGCCGUCAGCCAAAUGGAAGAACUCCGCGCAUCGCUGAGGGCGAAGUUUCGCAGACUCGGAGAGGCUUUUGAUGCCAUGGAACUCCACUGUAGAGAAGCGGGGAUCUUCACAGCAGAGGAAUGGAUGGCAGCCGCCACUAAGGUUUUGGGCCUUUCUCACAGCACUGCGCAAUGCUUAUUCACGAUCAUGUCGAGCGACGGUAGUGUUCCUUUGUCCGCAACUCGCAUACGGUCUUUGUUGUUCUUCCACAUGGCCUGUUUUGACUUCGCUCCUCCAACGACUGCAGACUUAUUCCUUUUUUCCAAUGAAGGAGAGGCAACUGAGAUCAUGCGACACCCAGCUGUCUACGAGCUUAACAACACCAGUUUGGAAUCUAGCGGAUCACAAGACAACCAGUUCGCUUUUAUUCGAACAGUGUCCAGAAUCAGAGACAUGACCUCACUCCCCUAUUUACUGUCUCAUCAGAAAACCCAUAGGUUGAACGACUUGACUACUAUGGACAUACAUCGCAAGUGA